GAUAUUCUUUGUUAAAUAGAGCCAUAAAGAUAUUUUUUUCCAGUGGUCUCUUGAUUAUUAACAUCAACUGAGGCAUUGUCUAAAUGGAAGAGGGAUGGUGAGGUCCGUUAGAAUCUCUGUACUGCAAAUGAUAUCAAUUUAUGGUGACUGCCUAAUGCUUUACAGAGCCUCCUGAAUGAAGAACAUGCUUGUUAAAACAGAUUGGUUAAGCAAUCUUUAUAGGACAAAACAAAUAGAUAAAAACAUCUAUUAUGUAGAUAGGCAGUUAGAAGAUUUGUUGAGUUAGUAUAUCAAUAUGCCAAUAGACAAUGAGCUGGGCCUAGAAAUGAAAAAGAGGGAAAAGGCUGGUUAGAUUGCAUUUGGGAAAUGAUGUAGUGUUUUUAACAAUUCAAAACUGUUUCCUGACAGAAAAACCCUUCUUUUUACAUCAGUGUUCUUGUGUUGAUGGUUGAGGUCUCUGAAGGAUCACAGUUGUGGGUGAUAUAUGAUGGAUGCAAAUAAACUUCAACAUAUUUCCAAUUAUGAUCCAUAUUCAAGAAAUGAGAUGUAAAGUCCUCCAGUAGAAUGUAAACUCUUUGAGGUCAGGAACCAUAUUUUAUUUUGUCUUUGUAUUCCUAUCCUUAACCCAAUGCUUUUCCCAUGAUAGGUGCCCAAAAAUGCUUGCUGGAGUGGAAGUAGUUGUAUAUAUACUUAAAACAAGUGGUGUGUUUGUGACCAGAUCAAGGUCCAGCUGUGUGAAGGAUCUGAAGGAGUGGAUGCCAGACAGGUGGAAGCCCAUAGAGAAGCUCCAGAGCAUAGUUGUGGUCCCACCCAGGCCUCACCUUAUUCUCAUCCUCAGAUAUUGGGAGGUUUCCUCUUCACAGGAAGCCACACUGUUGCAUCCCCAUUCCUGAAGAAGAGGUCUCCCAUCCUCUAUGGUGUGAAGGAAUCUUCUCUAUUUGGGCUGGAUGAAGGCCCUAGAUCAAACUUCAUUUGGAGCGUGCUUGGAGUGUAUUGAAUGCUGAAGAAGUCCCUUAUCUCUGGCUUACCUCAGGUUCUUUGUGAAUAGGGGGCUGACCACAGGUCCUAGGGCCUCAGGGUAAGACUUCAAACUCUUGAGAUAUAGAAACCUGACUUCAAGCUCCAGAAGGGACUUGGUGGGUUGAUUUUAGGUUUUAGGGGCUUAGAGAGACAACUUCAGACCCCAGACUUUUGGCCCUCAAAUGUGAGGUUCUUGGAGGAGGGGAGGGAGGUCAAGAGGCAGCUAAGGCUCACCAUGGUGCUCCCACCACCAGACAAGCGCCACGUGUGCCUGACCACAGUGGUCAUCAUGAGUAGCAUGGCCUUCAUGGAUGCCUACCUUGUGGAGCAGAGCCAGGGCCCACGGAAGAUUGGCGUGUGUAUCAUCGUGUUGGUGGGUGAUGUGUGCUUCUUGCUUGUCCUGCGCUAUGUGGCCGUGUGGGUUGGGGCUGAGGUGCGUACUGCAAAGCGUGGCUAUGCCAUGAUCCUCUGGUUCCUCUAUAUCUUUGUGCUACAGAUCAAGCUUUACUUCAUUUUCCAGAACUACAAGGCUGCCCGGCGUGGUGCCGCUGAUCCGGUUGCACGCAAGGCGCUGACACUCCUAUUGUCCGUGUGUGUGCCAGGACUCUUCCUGCUGCUUGUGGCCCUGGACAGCAUGGAGUACGUGCGCACUUUCCGCAAAAAGGAGGAUCUGCGUGGCCGCCUCUUCUGGGUGGCCUUGGAUCUGCUUGACCUGCUGGACAUUCAGGCAAACCUUUGGGAGCCUCCACGCACAGGGCUGCCUCUCUGGGCUGAGGGCCUUAUGUUUUUUUACUGCUACAUGUUGCUACUUAUCCUGCCCUGUGUGUCACUCAGUGAGAUCAGCAUGCAGGGUGAGCAUAUUUCCCCUCAGAAGAUGAUGCUCUACCCUGUGCUCAGCCUGGUCACUGUCAAUGUAGUCACUGUCCUAGUGCGUGCUGCCAAUAUGGUGCUCUUCCAUGACAGCCGAGUCUCUACUAUCUUCAUUGGCAAGAAUGUGGUAGCAUUGGCUACUAAGACCUGUACCUUCUUGGAGUACCGGCGCCAGGUUCGCGACUUCCCACCCCCUCAUGGAGCACUUGCCCUUGAAUUGCAACCACCUCAACCCCCCCCACCCCAAUUGCUGCACAACUCAGUGCCUCAUGCACCACCCAUUCACAGUGGCCCUGGUGCCCCCCAUGGGCCUUCCCCUACUCGGGACACACUGGACACGUGACAGGUACUGCCUACCAUGGCCCCUGCUCAUGUGGAUGAAGCUUGGGCACAUGAAUCUAUGGAGGGACUGGUGGGUGGGCAAGGAGCACAUGUGGUUUGCAUGGGAUAGCAGGGCCAGAGCCAGAAUGGGAAGGGCUCCCACCUUCCCUACAGUCAGGCUCAGCCUGGGAUCCGUGAAGCCUCUUCAUCUCAGGAAAAAUCUGGGGUGUCCCUGAAAACCAAAUGGAUCCUCCAAUCCCUGGACCACCCUCCGGGGCCAGAGAAUUUCCCAGGGCAUUUUGAGGACUGUCAGGGCUACUUAAUCCAGGCCAGGCUAAUUGAGCUGUAGCCCUGGGAAUGAAUCCUCCUUUUACUGGAUAGAGAGGGCAAAGGGAGGAUGAGUGUUUCCCAUGUUCCCUGAAUUUAGGCCUGUGGAUCUGUCAUUUUAAAGACUCCUUUACAAUUUUCUAUUCCAAGACUGGGCUUUCAGAGUCAAUAUUCAAUAAUUUUAGGCCCCAGGGUACUUUUGGGAUUCAGAGAUUGGCUCAUAGUACAUGAGAUGCAUGUGACAGAUUGGCUCUAUGGGCUGGCGGCUGGUGGCUCUAUGGGGGUGAUAAAGAUGCAACUUCCUAUUUCUCUGUC